ACACCAUCCCCAACCCCCAUGAGUGUAUUUUUUUUUUAAUACUUUGUGAGGAAAAACUGUCAACCAUAUCCAAAGUGUAGGACCAAAGAGAACUAAAUAAUGUAUGCUUUUGUUAGGUUCUUUGAAGACGAUAUGUGCUACGCGUUACCCGUUUCAACCAUCGAAGAUUUCAGACCUCUGCACAGAACAGAUUUUGAUAAUCAGAAGGUGUAUCUGGUCCACAGAACUGAAGAGAAUGGCUGCGCAGGCCAGCCGUGCGAAGCACAGAUCCUUGCCCUUGCAGAUACAGUAGAAGAAUUUGAAGACAGUAUAAUCCAAAAAAAGAUGAAAAUUCCCAAGAUGUCCAUCAGGAAUUCAGGAAAGUCUAUCGAGAACAAUUUCGGAGAAGAGAGAUUACCACUGAGGCAUAAAAAGGCCCUUUCUCAAGACCAUGGAAAGCCCCUCUCUAACUCCUCCAAGAGCCUCGCCGCAGUAGUGGCUCGCCUGGAAAGAAAUGCUGCCAACUCCUACAUGGAAGGUGAGGAGGACUUGGAUGAGGACCGGUUGGCUGAGGAGGGAGAGGACGCAGAUGAUGAAGAGGAAGAAAUGGAGGCAGAGCACCGGCAACAUCAUCAUCAUCACCAUCAUCAUCAUCACCAGCAGCAGCAACAUUUGGAGGUGGACACGCAUUGUGUGUCGGAGGUAGUGGCGGCAGUCGUUCCGAGGGUUCUGUACGAGGAGCUGGUUCACAGCUACAGGCAGCAGGAGGAGGAGAUGAGGAGACUGCAGCAGGAGCUGGAGAGAACCCGCAGGCAGCUGGUGCAGCAGGCCAAGAAGCUGAAGGAAUACGGCAGCUUGCUGACAGAAGUCAAAGAACUGAGGGACUUCAACAGGAGGCUGCAGGAUGUGCUCCUCAUGAGACUGGGCAGCGAGCCUAUGCACGACAAUGGCACUCAGACAAUCAAGGCUGAAGUGGUCGAACCAAUAGUUGAGGCCCAGGAGACGUGCAGGGAAGAAGCUAACACAAGUUCAAGCUAUUCGCCCUCACCCAGAACGGUGUACACCUGCAACGAUGGGAAGGUACAUCUUGGGGGUGGGAUUUGGGUGGAGGAAGAGAAAUGGCACCAGCUUCAGAGGACCCAGGGAGAUUCAAAGUUCACAAAGAACCUCGCUGUGAUGAUUUGGGGCACUGAAACCCUCAAAAACCGUAGUGUCACGGGUGUGGCCACCAAAAAGAAGAAAGACGCCCUGCCCAAACCUCCACUGUCACCCAGCAAGCUGAAAAUAGUCAGAGAGUGUCUCUACGACAGAGUGUCUCAAGAAACGGCCGACAGCGCUGAGAUCACGCAGAGAUUGUCCAAAGUGAACAAAUAUAUCUGUGAAAAGAUAAUGGACAUCAACAAGUCCAUCAAGAACGAGGAGCGACGGGAGUCCAAGCUGCUAAUCAGACAGACAGUCAAGAUGGAGAACUUCACCUACGAUGGCAUAUAGUGAUCUACUCUCACGUCAGCGCCUUCUGCCCCGCGUGGCCCGCAGGAUGUUUAGGGGACUUGCUAUGGGAGGGUUGGGGACUGCUGUCACUGUUCCAGAAGCUGUCAUAUUUCUUUCACACAGGUCCUAUCCCACCUCUGUAUAGGUCGAGCGUCAUGUUUAUCAUUUCUUUUUUUUUGGCUGCCAGGCAGCUUUACCCACCAGCACAUGAAAUAGUUUGACAUGAGCUGGAGUGAGUGUGUUGUUUUAUAAGCUUUACCAUUGGUAUGGAGGCGUGUGCAUAUGUGUCGAGAGAGCGAGAUUAGAUGUGAUAGUUAAUUUAUUGUUCUGUGUCAGAACAUCAUUUCGAGUCCUGGAACUUUUAAAAAGUAAGAGAUUAUUCCUGUAGGUAGAGUCUUCUGAUGCUGUCUAAUUGACGAUGCUAGCUAACGCCGGGUCUUAUACUGUCGGGGAUUGGAGUGUCGGUACUAAAUGCAAAGAAUGGGACGUCAGGGUCUCGAAUGCACAAGUCUUAAUUAGUAACAGCCAUAUGACGGUUUGCUCCAAGAGAUUACCUUAGAAUGUGUGCUGUCUCUUAACUCCUUUAACACAUCUGCUUAUGAGAAGAGGGCUUAGAGAGGGUUGUUGGAAAGAAUGACUCCAAUUUAUGAGUCAGUAAAGCUACCUUUGAUUUUUUGAUUUUUUUUUUUUUUUUACCUUUCAUGUUAACACAUACAAUUAACGUAUGAGGACAUGAACUGAAAUAUAUAUAUAUGUAUGACAUAUAUUUAAGAGAUGCACCAAUCAGACUUUUCCCUCAGCCAAUUCCGAUUUUUGUUUACCUGUUUUUCAAAACAUUGUUGAGAAAACAUCAAGCUGCAGGUUUUUUUUUUUUAAUCCAACUAAAAAUGUAAGGUUUUUUCCACUUAAGCUCAGAGGUAUAGUCCCCUACUCUUUGUAUGAUUUUAAAUAAAUUCAAACUGAGUCAAAGAAGCUGAUGUUGGGGUGAUGAGUUUAUAGACCAAAAUAGUAGUAAGAGUUCUUAGUUUGGACUUGAUGAACAAGCAAAAAAUCAGAUUUUUUUUGUAUCUGACUGUGGGAUUAAAUAAAAGGUAGUCAAUUCUGAUUCUUCACUUAUUAAUUGGUGCAUCUCUAAUAUUUCUGCGUCAGUCUUAGUCAUUUGAAUAAACUUGAGUCUAGAGUUGUUGCGGUACAGGCAUGUUGAUGCCUUGAAAGGCCUUAAAUGGAUUCGGCAAUCUCCAGGGACAUAUAUGUCUCUGGGUUUUUUUAUUUUUUUAUUUUAACAGUAAGCUGUGAUUGUAAAUGUUUUGUAAGCUGAAGUGAUGAAGCUUCACCUGCACUUUGCUGUGAGAAUGUAAGAGUUGACCAGGUACUAUUAUUAUGUGUGGUUUGCACCGUUCGAUUGAGGUGAACCGGACUAGCGGCCAGGUGAAAAUCAGAGCACAGCUCUGCGCAGUCCAGGUCAUCUUGUUGUGAAAGCUGUGGGUAAAGCUGUCUGCGGCACUAUUUUUGCUUUUCUUUCUUUCUUUUUUUGUAAGGUUGUCUGGCCCUGCUGAAUCCCAUCCUAACCCUCUCUUCUUUUUAGUCACAGCACUGGGGAAAAUAGUAAGGUUGCUCCAGUGACAAUUUCCUCUGAGCUAUGCCAUCAAAAGUUUUAAAAUGUUCUUUUAUUGUGUAUGUUUAUAUAUAUAUAUAUAUAGGAUUUUUCUCUCCUGUUAUAUUGUUUUGAUCUGAAGCGGUUUGUGUGGCUGUCUGCAGGCUGGAACUAAAUGCUGCAGAUUGAAAUCUCAACUGUGACUUAGCUGUGGCUAACUGUGAAUCUGCUGCAGAGCUGCCCAUCAAACCUUUUUCCUCUUCACACUCGUAAUUCCUGGAUGUCUCUCACUUUAUUUCUUUCUCUCCUUUUUUUUUGUUUGUUUGUCUUGGUUUGUGUCAUAUCACAACUUCAUAUCAGCCUUUCGUUAAGCUACUUUAUGUUCCAAAGAGCAUAGAAACAGAUGCAUAUGUUUGACACCAAAGUUGGUGACAUAUUUUGGUUAGUCGUAUUACAGUUUAACGGUUCUGAUCAUAUUUGAUGCAGUGUUUUUCAUAUUGUAUUUCUUAUCCAUCUGUUUCCUGUUUUUUGGGUUGUUUUUUUUUUACUUUGUUGUUUUUAUAUGAAUCAUUGGCUUUAAGCUAGUUGUUGUAUCCAAAUGUUGAUCAGCUGAGUCUACCAACGGAAAACAAAUCCUCCUCAUUCAUAGCCAAAGUUAUUCCAUAGGAACAAGAGAGAGUACGGGUUUAUUUACCAAGUCAGAGCCUGUAGAUUAGGUCAACAUUGUGAUAUUUGGUAAACCUCACUUUAAAUCAGUGAAAAUCUCUAUUCUUAAACUGUUGGGAUCUUAAAUAUCAAGAUGCAGUAAUUAUCAGCUCAUAUCUUUUACAUUGAAUGCACUUUAAAUUGUACUGCGAUUUCUUCAAUUUUAAACAAUUGUUUGUCAUGAUAGUUUUACGUUUGGGCCUGACUGUCAUUUUUAUUCUCAUGAAGCACCUUAUGACAUUUUGGUUUCUAUUUCUUAUCAUUAAAACAAAUUUGAAUUUUUGGAAUGACUCUGACAAGCUAACACCCCAUAAUAAGCUUGGUAAGUUCAACAUUUAGCUGUAAGGUUUAUUAGAUCUGCAGAUUCAUAUCAAAUUGACGUUGAAACUGGAAUCAGCUACUCCAUUAUUUCCUCCUGGAUAUUAAGCCGCGACCUUAGCAGACUGGCAAACAAUAAAUAAGUUAGUUUAAAACAGCAAUGUCCAGUUUAAAGACCUUUGAAAUGUUUAAAAUGACUGGAAAUUGUGCUUUAGCUUAACACAUCUCCAUGCUGUUCACGUGUACAAAUAUGACUUAUAUAGAGUUUCAAUGGAGUAUUUUUUACUAUUGAGUUGUAACUGUGAGAACUGAAUGAUGAAGCUGAUAAAAGUUGUAUGCAGACUGCGGAAUCAGCUGGGUUUGCACAAAAAAAUGGCCCAUGCAAAAGUAUUGGGCCUUAGUGAAUAACAAAGUCACGCAAUGGUGACACUUGUCUGUUUUUUUUUUUUUUUGUUUUUUUGUAAACCAGAGUCCCCUUUUUUUGUUUGUUUAUUCUAUGUACAAAGUACGAUAAGGUUCAAAUGUUGGAGAGUGUAUUGAAAAUACUUGCAAUUUAAAAGGAAAAAAAAAAAGCUUUCUGCUGUGCAAAGCCACCUUACUGAAAUUCAGAUGCGUUGUUGUGUACUGUGUUUGUGUUUCUUUGUUGUCCGAUGCCAAAAGAGGGCGUGGUUGUAACGAUGCUUAAAGAGAGCAUUUAUAGAGCUAUUACAUCAUCGUUUUGAAAGGCUGGUUUCCUGGAGAGAGAUUAAAACCUAUAAUCCCUUAACUAAAACCAUCUUCAGUGGAUGAAAGCUGUACCAUCGCAGAUUUAGCCUAAUCUGCGAUGACACGGCCAAUCUGACAAUAGAGUACCAGAAGUUUUGGCAGCCGACUCGUAACGUAUUGUGCAUAUUACACAACCUGGAAUAGAGAGUCAUGGAUGUUUUAGGCUAGUUUGACUCUGUAACACAGCACACCACCAUAACAGUAGUUUUAGGAAGGAAACCUGCUGGACAUGAUCCUCUUCUUGUGCCACUUCUUGUUCCUUACUCACCUGCUUUAUGGCUUAUGCUGUGAAUACCUGUCAGAAGCUUCUCAAAACGAUGGAGCUUUGUUUUACUUUUUCGUAGUUCGAUUGAGGAAAGAGUGAUCCGAGUUUUUAAGCUUCACUCUGUUGAGCAAGAUGGAUGUCUUGCAGUUUGCAGAGCCAUACUGUUAACCAGACAUAUUACUGUUUGAGCCUCAGAUACAAUAUAAACAAAAAAAUACAAAGAUAUACAUUGUUAAGCAUAUAUUUUUCUUAAAAGUAUCAGUAACUUUGUAUACGAUUCACAAACCGGUUCUACUUCAUCCAACUUCACCGUCCUACCUCAUUGUUACUCUGGUGUUUGUCAGUAAAUGUAAACUAUAUGUGUGUAUAUUAUAUAUAAAAAAAGGAAAUCUAUAGGAAAAGGUAUAGCUGGUUGCUCUUAACAUGUACAGCAUAUAAAACACCUCAAUACACAAAUAUCAUUCUUAAGCAAAAUCCGUUUUCUUAUCUGCUUAAAGAUGCUGCUGUAAAGGGGGUUUCUGUGUGAGGGGGUUGUCUCUGAAUAUAUAUAUGGAUAUAUAUCUUUGCUCUUUGCUAUGUUGUGCAGUUGAUCGAUGGUUGUGUUCUGUCUCUGUACUGCAAUCUGAGAUUUUUACUGGUUGACGGUGCUACCAGCAAACAGUUUGAGAAAAACAAAAACUGAUCUACCGGACCUCAAAUGGUGCUGUUUUUCUAUGUUUUUAAUCGUCAUACGGCUCUGUGUUAUUCAGGUGUGUUAACCGCCGCUAUCCCCUCAACUAAUCAAAAUCCUAAAGCCAAAAUGUUUUUCGCAAGGCUGGUAACCCUGCUAUUACUGUAUCAAAAAUAUAUGCUAUCCAUCCAAAUAUUGUAGAUAGUAGUAAUAUUCUCAGUUUCAGAAGUACCUCAGAAGUUGUGGAUUUUAAGUGGGUGCAUCUGCUUCUGUUAAUUUCCUUUUUGUUGCAGUGUGUUUUUUUUUGUUUGUUUGUUUGUUUUCAGAAAUAUGCAUUUUUACUGGCUAGAUCAGGUUAUCUUCAUAGAUGGUACAUGGUUACGGGAGCAGUGUGAGUUACAGUAGCAAAGGCCCUCGACAAAACCAUAUUCCAUUUGGGUCAACCUUGCAUUGUAUAUCAGGGUCCAUUUGUAUUCAAGGUUUUUAUCACACCCAUAUGAGCAGAAAUUAGGAAUGUGUAAAGAAAAACAUAAAUGGGGCUUUAUCACACUUGUUUUGUUUACUUUGUCAGUCAUAACGGUUGGUUUUUUUGUGGGGUAUUUUUUGCUUCACUUUCUCUGUAUUUCUCUGUGUAUCUUUGUAAAUGCUUUCCUUCAGUUUUAUAUCUCUGGAUUUUCUCUUCGCAGAAAGUGCUUUACAUCCUCUUAUUUCCUGUCCCCUGACCCGCUGCGCUUCAGUGUUUGUUUUCCGCGCCAAAGUGUUUGAGACACGUUAGUACACGUUUCGUUUCUGUCUACUUAAACUGAACUUUGUCAUACUGACGCCUCUCUACUGUGAGUAAUGUGUGUUCUUAGACACAGCAGCUGGUUUUCAAGGAAGCACUUUUAAGCCAUUCUUUGGACUGUUCUAUAACGGUUAGCAGUGAGCUUUCCUCCGGCCUAUGGGGGGAGUUGAGCCCAGAGAAUUGUGUUUGUAGUUCCUAUGCAGGUGUAGAAUAACCAACCUGGUACCACAUCACUGUUGGGAUGGAGGGCCAACCCCCGAGGUAAAGAGCAGGAGAGAAGUGAAUGUGUCUGCACAGCCUUGAGAUUGAGUGAUAUAGGACAAUGGCGAUAUGACAAAUCUGUGCUGAACUAUUAUUAUGUUUAAGCUCUUUAAUUUGAAUUAAACUGAGCUAUACAGGGCUGCUUGGUAUACCUAUCUGUAGAAUUUAAUGCAUUGCAGUUAUAGUUGGGGAAAGACAGGGUUUCUACUUUAUGGAGUAUUUAUUGUUGGUAUAAUAAUGUGAAAAAAAAAAUCUCAAAACUCUUACAGUAAACACUUCCUCUACCCUAUUGUAGCCUCCCAGUGGCAAACCACAUUUACAGAAAAACUUAUAAAUAUAAACGAUAGAGUGUACAUGUCUUCGCUAAACCGGCCACACCUCUGCUAUGCGAGCAACUCUUUGACGCUUAGCAUCCUGUUCUGUGUUUUUUCUCUUGCUGCAUUCAGGAACACCCGUUUAAAUGUAUAGAUAAACAGAAAUAAAUCAAGACUUUUAUUCUAUCAGCACAAACCUCUGGUCUUGCUUUUUGUGUGUCAUUUCCUGCCACAGAGUUUAGGCUUGUUAUGCUGUUGUUCUGUUAACUGUACAAUUAUUUAGUUCAAAAAGUUAGUUUGUUUCUAAAGUUAAUUUUAUUCCUUUUCAUUCCUGCUUUGUUCUACUGCAAGCGCAAUACAGGCAACAA